AUUCUCAUGUCGCAAUGUUGCUUGGAGCAGCCAAGAUGCUGCACAGCAAAAGAAACGAAUUGAAGGGAACUGUGAAGCUGGUUUUUCAGCCUGGUGAAGAGGGUCAUGCAGGUGCUUAUCAUAUGCUGCAAGAUGGUGUUCUUGACGAUAUAAACGGUAUCCUCAGCAUCCAUGUUUUGCCAACAUUUCCUACUGGUGCCGUCGCAUCAAGACCUGGCCCGUUGCUUGCUGGCUCUGGGUUUUUCUCAGCCAAGAUUCAAGGGAAAGGUGGACAUGCAGCAAGCCCGCACAAGGCUAGGGACCCAAUUCUUGCAGUAGCUUUUUCCAUUAUUGCUCUUCAACAGAUUGCGUCUCGAGAGAUAGAUCCCCUUGAGGCUGCAGUAAUCACUGUUGGUUUUAUUGACGGAGGUCAAGCAGGAAAUGUGAUCCCAGAAUCAGUCAGAAUUGGUGGAACUUUCAGAAGCUUGAGCAAUGAAGGUCUUUUAUAUAUCCAAAGAAGGAUUAAAGAGAUUAUAGGGACGCAAGCAGCUGUUCAUCAAUGUAGUGCUGUGGUGGACUUAAUGGAGAAUCUACAUUCUCCUCAUCCGGUGAUGAUCAAUGAUGAAGCACUUUAUGAACAUGCAAGGAAGGUUAGCGAGGCCUUGGUUGGCGAAUCUAAUGUGCACAUCAUGCCAGUGACCAUGGGGGCAGAAGAUUUCAGUUUUUUCUCAAAGAAAACUUCUGCUGCAAUCUUCGUUGUUGGAAUAAAGAACGAGACUUUGAAGUCAGGUCAACCUCUACACUCACCUUAUUUUGUUGUUGAUGAAGAGGCUCUUCCUAUAGGAGCUGCUCUU